AUGACUAGUCUGAACAUGGCACCUCGCACUGAAUUCGAGCUCCCGCGCCCCCGCAGAAAGGCUAGAAGAUCCUGCUUGUAUUGCCAAAAGGCCCAUAAAACAUGCGGAAAUGAACGCCCCUGUGGGCAAUGCGUGAAGCGCAAGAUGCCGUCACAAUGUGUUGAUGGACAUCGAAAACCACCUAAAUACCUCAAUGGAGGUACGAAGAAAGCAUCCAAGGCUAGCUCGUGUCGCGGUGUUACUUCCCUGCAGCAAACCCAGCAUCAAAAAGAGAAUAUCUUGAAUACUACAAGCUAUGACAACGAGAUAACUAGACAACAAGCCAACGAUGAGAGACAUAUCCCAGACAACAGAAGCGACCCAUUUGAAGAAGUCUUUGAUGAAGUCAUUGACUCAACCUUUUUCGACGAACAAUCGAGUUUCAAAUUCGGAAAUCAAGCUUGUGGCGGAACUAUCUUUAAAGGAAAUGACAAUUUCAUGCCCUUCUUCUCAGAUGCGGCAUACUCGACGUCGUCAGAGAGGUCAUCCAGCGUAUCUGAAGAUAGUGAAGUGGGGACGCCAUGCCUCGCUCUGGAUGACAGCUUCGGAACCAGCUUGGCAAAGAUACAUAUGUAUGCAAAAGAGGAACCAUAUUCCGGAUUUGCUAUCAGCAGUGGCUGGUCAAGCACAUUCUUUCCCCACGGGAUCGAAGAAGAACCCCAUGGUUUCUGA